AUGGAGCUUCCGAAGUUGAAUUUGGGGUCCAUCAAGGACAAGGUGACCAAAUCGCUUGCGCGAGGCGCCAAAGAUAAUAAGGCAAAGCCAGACAAGAAGAAAGGCGGAAAUAAUAAGAAGGAGGUGCCGAACAAAAAGGAGUACCCUAAGAAAGAAUUUACCAAAAGAGAGUACCCUAAGAAAGAGUUCACCAAGAAAGAGUACCCUAAGAAAGCUUAUCCUAAGAAAGAAUACCCCAAGAAAGAGUAUUCUCAAAAAGAGUUCACCAAGAAAGAAAACCAAAACACCGAGAAGCAGGAGGAUGUACUUAGACGGGAAGCACUUGCAUUGGGUGCUACCGACGAAGAUCUCAAGCUCCUUGAAGGUAUUAAUGAUGAGGAUAGCGAGCAGGAGUUUGACGGUGCUCCAGCCGACGACAAGCUGAAGAAGGAGCUGUCAAAGUACAUGAAGGGGCUCGAGUUUGACGAAGCUGAGGCUGAGGCUGAGGAGGAGGUGGAAGAAGAAGAAUUAGAGGAAGAGGAGGAUGAGGAACAGGUGGAAGAAGAAGAGGAAGAGGAGGAAGCCGAGAACGAGGAAGAAAAAGAAGAGGAGGAAGCACAGGAGAUGGAAGAACCCCAGCAGAAACCCAAGUCGUCCAAGCUCCAGAGUCUACAGACAGUUGUCUCCGACAAGCUUGUGGUCACUCCCCGGAACGACUGGUUUAACGAGACUCUUCCCAACAACAGAGGAGACGCACUUAACCCUGCUGAGAUCGAGAAACUCUACACCGACGCCAAACGGCUAUUUGGACAGGAGCAGGAAACGUACAUGCAGGAGUUCAACAAAUCGUCCUCGCAAAAACGAUUCCUUUCGCAAGUGUUGACUGGCGGUACUUUGAACGAUAAGAUCUCUGCGCUCACUCUUUUGAUCCAAGAAUCCCCCUUGCACAACCACAAAGCUUUGGAGACCAUGUUCGCCAUGUGCGACAAGAAAUCUCGUACUGCUGCUCUUCAGUGUAUUGAGGCAUUGGCCGAUUUGUUUGUGAACGGUGUUCUUCCUGCCGACAGAAAGCUGCUUUAUUUCAACAAACAACCAUUGACCAGAAAUUCCAGUCCAAAAGAGCUGAUCGUGUUCUACUUUGAAGACUACUUGAAAAAGAAGUACUUCCAAUUCAUUGGAACUUUGGAGAAACUUCUCCAAGACAGCAUUGUGCACGUUCGUACCAAGGUGAUUGGCUAUGUGUUUUCUUUGCUCAAGGCCAAGCCAGAACAGGAGGCCAACUUGCUGCGUAUUGGUGUGAACAAGCUUGGUGAUCAGGACAACAAGGUCGCUUCCAAGACCUCUUACCAUGUUUUGCUCUUGCAACAGGAACACCCUGCAAUGAAGGAGAUUGUGGUUGACAGUAUCUUUGACGUUUUGUUCAGAAAGAACAACGACCACCAUGCCAUCUACUACUCCACGCUGACAUUGAACCAGACCAUCCUCACCAGAAAGGAAGACAAGCUUGCCAACAAGCUGAUGGACGCUUAUUUCAAAUUGUUUGAGAAGCUGUUGGUCGAGACUGACAGCACUAACACCACGAAGAUGAAGGAAGCGGAGCAUCAAAAGGAUGGUAGACGUAAGAGAAAUUUCAAGCGCGGUAAGAAGGGUGGAAAGUCGGUCAAGAUGGACAAAACCGAGGAGGAGGCCUUGGAAGAGCGCAACAGUAAGAUGUUUGCUGCCAUUUUGACUGGUCUCAACAGAGCAUUUCCGUUUUCCAACUUGCCAGCAUCUGUGUUCAAGGCCCAUUUGGAUACGCUUUUCCAGAUCACACACAGCACCAACUUCAACACCAGUAUUCAAGCUCUGAUGCUGAUCCAUCGGAUUGUCCAGAAGGAAGACAUCAACAGAGACAGAUACUACAGAACACUUUACGAGAGUUUACUGGACGAGAGAGUUGUCACUUCUUCCAAACAGGGAAUUUACUUGAACUUAUUGUUCCAGUCUCUUAAGGAGGACACCAACAAGGAUCGUGUGAUGGCGUUUGUGAAACGUAUCUGUCAGAACUGUUUGAACUGGAUCAAUAUUGGGUCGGUUACGGGAAUGAUGUUCUUGUUGAUUGAGCUGGAAAAGGACGUUCCUGAGAUCCGCAACCUGAUCUUCAAUGCACCAGUUGAGGACGGCGAACAGAAGCCGGAGUACGACUCUCGUAAGAGAGACCCGCAGUUCUCCAAUGCGCAGUUCUCGUCGUUAUGGGAGCUGAACAUUUUCAGCCAGCAUUACCAUCCUACAGUGACACACUACACCGAGGCAUUCUUCAACAACCAGACCAAGGACUUGCAGAAGCCUAAUCUUGGUCUGUUCACCCUGGCUCAUUUCCUGGAUAGAUUCGUAUACAAGAAGGCCAAGAUGAAGCCCGUUGUUCGUGGACAGUCUAUCAUGCAACCAUUAGCCGGUGCUCACACCGGCUCCAUGUUGGUCAAGACACAGGCUUAUGGAGAGCUUCCUACCAACACAGAGGACUGGAUCAACAAGAAGGCCGCCGAGAUCCAGCCGGAGGAUCGGUUCUUCUACGAGUAUUUCAGCACCAAGCAGGAAAAAGCCCUUGCUUCCAAAAUGGAUAAAGAGCUCAAUAGCAAGUUGCACGAUGACGAGGAGGAAUCCGAUAUCGAUGAGGACACUGUCUGGAAUGCUCUGGUGAAGAGCAAUCCCGAGGUGGAAGGUCCUAGCGAUGAUGAUCUGUCAGACUUUGACAUGAGCGAGAUCAGUGAUGAGGAUCUAGAGGAGCUGGACGAGGAAGAAGCCGACGAAGACGACGAGGACGAGGAAGGACUGGUUACGCUCAAGACAGUGGAAGACUUGGGAUCUGGCGAAGAAGAAGAGGAAGAAGAAGUGGAGGAGGAGGAAGAGGAGGAAGAUGCCGAGCCAGCGCAGUUCAGCGACUCGUCCGACUCGGAUGUUGGCGAACUUCUUGGUUCCGGAUCGGAGCUCGAGUCUGACGAAGAGCCAGAGCAGCAAGAGGAGACAGAGGAGCAACCAGACACAAAGAAACGGUCGAAGCAGAACGCCGGCAAGUCAAAGAAGCUCAAGUCUCUGCCAACAUUUGCGUCGGCCGACGACUACGCCAACUACCUGGACUCCUCUGACGACGAGUACUAA